UAUGAUGCUGAGUGUUUUCAUUCAGAAUUCGCCAGCCUUUGGAACACAACAGACCAUGGAACAGCAGAAUGGUCCCAGGUGGCCACCUGCUUGACCAACUGCUCCGCCACAACUUCAAGUGCUCGAUGAGCUAUUCAAGAGCCGUUGAAUCAGAUCGUUAGCAGCACUGCUGAUUGUGACUGCUGGAACAUACUGCAAGCAAUCCAUGUUCCCUGCAGAAGAGACAGAAUGAGAGCUAUAUCAUACAGCAUGUUGUAAAAUACUCGGGUGUUUGAGGAUGAUGCUCAGCAAGCGAUAAGGAAAAAUAAAAUCAAACUGAACAGAUACUAGCCGACAUCCAGGAAAUUGGAUCAGUUCUGUUUUUUUGAUAUCUUGGACGCUACAUUAUGGCUGUGUGAUGGACUAUUAGAAUGAGGAAAGGCUUUUUAUCACAAUAGCAUUGAUGCUAUGUUUGGAUGGAGCUUUCACGGGAGAAAAUCAGGCUGCUGAAUUUGUUCCCUGAUGUCUAUUAACAGUGGCCCAGGGCUAUGCUGAAAUUUAUAUCCUAUUUGUAUUGUUGCAGUCCAAAAGAAGAAUUUACAGAGGAUGACAAGUGUAUUCUGAGUAGAUCUCUAGUCGAAGAGGAGGAUCCUCAUCUAAAAGUGUCUUUGGCAAGUGGAGACAUGGGUGUGACAACCCAUUUGCAGUCUUCAAAGACGGGCAAUACUCGCUUCUUCACGAGCAAUACCCAUAGUUCUGCAGUGCUACAGGGAUUUGACCAACUCCGAAUUGAAGGUUUACUCUGCGAUGUUACCUUGGUGCCAGGGGACGGUGAUGAAGUAUUUCCAGUCCAUAGAGCAAUGAUGGCCUCCGCCAGUGACUAUUUUAAGGCAAUGUUCACAGGUGGAAUGAAAGAGCAGGACUUGAUGUGCAUUAAACUUCAUGGAGUAAAUCAGAUAGGGCUCAAGAAAAUCAUUGAUUUUAUUUAUACUGCAAAACUCUCCCUGAACAUGGACAACCUCCAAGAUACUUUGGAAGCAGCUAGCUUUCUGCAGAUUUUGCCUGUCUUGGAUUUCUGUAAAGUAUUCCUUAUAUCAGGGGUAUCACUUGAAAAUUGUGUAGAAGUUGGAAGAAUCGCCAAUACCUAUAACUUGACAGAAGUAGAUAAAUAUGUAAAUAACUUCAUUUUGAAGAAUUUCCCAGCACUGCUGAGUACUGGUGAAUUUAUGAAACUUCCAUUUGAGCGACUUGCCUUUGUGCUUUCAAGCAACAGCCUCAAAAAUUGCACUGAACUUGAACUUUUCAAGUCUGCCUGCCGUUGGUUGAGAUAUGAGGACACACGGAUGGAUUUUGCCUCAAAGAUAAUGAAGAAUGUUAGGUUUCCGCUAAUGUCACCACAGGAGUUAAUUAAUCAUGUUCAAACAGUGGAUUUCAUGAGAACAGACAACAUUUGUGUCAAUCUAUUAUUGGAAGCCAGUAACUAUCAGAUGAUGCCAUACAUGCAACCUGUUAUGCAGUCUGAGAGAACCUGUAUCCGUUCAGAUAACACACACUUAGUAACCUUGGGUGGAGUACUGAGACAACAGCUGGUUGUGAGCAAAGAGCUAAGAUUGUAUGAUGAAAAGGCCCAUGAAUGGAAAUCAUUAGCUCCUAUGGAUGCACCAAGAUACCAGCAUGGCAUUGCAGUGAUCGGAAACUUCCUUUACGUUGUAGGUGGGCAGAGCAAUUAUGAUACAAAAGGAAAGACCGCAGUUGACACUGUUUUCAGAUAUGACCCUCGGUACAACAAAUGGAUGCAAGUAGCAUCUUUAAAUGAAAAGCGUACUUUCUUCCACCUAAGUGCUCUGAAAGGACACCUUUACGCAGUCGGUGGUAGAAAUGCAGCUGGAGAAUUGGCCACUGUGGAAUGCUACAAUCCAAGAACCAAUGAAUGGAAUUAUGUGGCCAAAAUGAAUGAACCUCAUUAUGGACAUGCUGGGACUGUUUAUGGCAGCUACAUGUAUAUUUCAGGAGGGAUUACCCAUGAUACCUUUCAAAAAGAACUCAUGUGCUUUGAUCCUGACACGGACAAAUGGACUCAGAAAGCUCCCAUGACCACUGUUCGGGGAUUGCAUUGCAUGUGCACAGUUGGAGAUCGACUGUACGUCAUUGGGGGGAAUCACUUCAGAGGAACCAGCGAUUACGACGAUGUCUUAAGCUGCGAGUUCUACACCCCUGCCUUAGACCACUGGACCCCGAUUGCAGCCAUGUUGCGAGGGCAAAGUGACGUAGGUGUGGCAGUCUUUGAAAACAAGAUCUACGUGGUGGGAGGCUAUUCUUGGAACAACCGCUGCAUGGUGGAGAUAGUUCAGAAGUACGAUCCUGAGAAGGAUGAAUGGCAGAAGGUCUUUGAUCUCCCUGAGUCGUUGGGAGGAAUCAGAGCAUGCACUCUUACAGUCUUUCCACCGGAUGAGAAUACUGGGUCACCUUCCCGAGAAUCACCUCUAUCUGCACCAUAGAAAAAGGACACAACUGCUCUAAUGUCAGCUUUUACAAAGAACUUAUUUGCACUGCAUCAUAAUUAAUAUCAAAGAUUUUCUGCCUAUUUUGCUCAGUAGUAACUAUCGUAGGCAGUGACCUGAGUAUAAUUACAGAAACAGUAGAUCGAGUUAUUUGUGCAGUACUGUCGGCAUCAGUUGUCUGCCGGUUACAGGAGAGACAUAACAAAAUAUAUAUGUCCAGGACUGAACUCUGUCUGAAAUGUUCAAUGAUAUAACUGUUAUACAGUGUGUUCAUUUUCCCUUAGAGAGUUCCAUUACAGAGGGUCUUCCUCUGUGAUUCAUUUAAAAUAGUCAAUUAAUUAACCUGUACAUGCAUAUUCAUCACCAUGGGGUUCAAAACUUGAGAACUAAUUUAAUACAGUACAUAUAGAUGUGGGAAGAAACCCCCUCAUAUGGCUGUUUCCCAUUAAAAUGCUGACUUUAAUUAAUCAGUUGCCCCACCUAUUUGAAGUUGCUGAGCAAAAUUCAAUCUUUCUGGUAUCUUCAGUUGAACAUAACUCUGACCGUCUGGAUUCUAGUGUGCAGUAUUUAUGCUACCAUCAUUUCACCUGCUGAAUUUGAAGAGUGGCCCAGCUUAAUUUAACCCUGGUCAGCUCCAGCCUACUCCUCGUUUGCUGUACAGGCCACUAACCUGCUGCGCCUGUACACCUUGUUUGAUGAAGUUAUUUAACCCACUUUGUGGUAACAAUAGGAGAGCUGCUGCAGCUCAGUCAACAUGAACUAUGAUGCUCAACAUUUUUUUCUUCAAUAAAAGUUUAAUUGAAUUCAUCAGGUCAUCAUACUGUAUAAAUUGCAUCCUUUUCAGAACAACUUAUGUUUGCCUCUUUUGUCUUUAAAGUCAUUGUCUGUUUUUUAAUGUUCUGACAGCAUAAACAGGAAGUGAGAAAAGUGAUGCACUACAGUCAGAAUGCUGAAGGAAUUAAUGUUUUGCAUUGAGAUGCUUCAUACAAGUUCCUGUAUUCUUUUGGUCAUAAAAUACUUACAUUUUAUUUUUGUUAAGGUUGGAGUAGUAUUACAUGAACACAGUAAGUUGGUAUGUAUUGUGCUUUCAUUUUUAAUGAGCGUAUGGGUGGAUCUUCAAAUCUUCCCAUUUUUAUUUUGAUUUGCUGUACUAACCAGAUGAGCUCUGAACCAAGCUUAAAGAAAUGCCCACGACAUAGAUCAUUGGCCUCACUGGCAGAACACUGAUUGUCCUAGUAGGUUAUCGCAAGCAGAGAAAUGCUGUAAAGCUUUUUAAAACCAAAUUAAGCACCAGUAUUCUAAGCAUUCAUCCAGCUACUCUGUUCUGUAAGGGGAUCCCCAUGAGUCUGAAAGUUCACCAGAUGCCAAAGGUAUCUUCUCUGUGUUGGUAUUUUCAAGGUAUCUCUGAAACUAUGUGAAUUUUUGCAAGUAACCCACAAGAGUACAAUAAUGUUCACAAUAGUCUUCUAAUAUCUGUAGUAAUCUCUGGAUACACUUCAAAAUUUGUAAGGAGUUCACAUGGAGAUAAACCAUUUAAAACAAGACUCAGAAUGACAUGAUUUCUAGGGCUAAGAUCUGUGAACUUUGGGGUCACCUGGUUUAAUAGCUUCUCUCUAAGCCUGGAUGAGAAUGCAACACCGACGACUAUAAGUGGCCCAAUGAUACACAUAUAUAUACUUUAAAGGUGGUUUCAGUACUUUAAAGAUUGCUCCCAAAAGAAAAAUAAACUAGAUAUUUUAGUAUCGUUCAUGCAGCUUACCAUUUGCCCAAGAGAAGUAUAACUUUUUCGUCUACAGUACUGUGCAAAAGUCUUCGGCAUAUGUAAAAAGAAAUCUCUAAAGUGAAGAUGCUUUCAAAAACCAUGAAAUGAAAAGCUUCUAAAUAUUAAAAAAUUACUAAACAGCUAAAAACUAUAUCAAAUCUCCCUUUGCCUUUAAAGC